CCUCAGAUUCAUUUUCUAUGCACAUUCUUGGAGAAAUAAAAAUCAAGAUUUAUAGUCAAUUCUGGUUAAACUAGGGUUAAUAGAAUAGAGAAGUUACCUUCUAAUUUUGGUGCUCCAUGCUAACUCCUUUGAAAAUGUGAAUCUACAAAUAAUACCCAGAAAAAUCCUUCCUUUGAGCUUUCAGGAGCUAAGUUUUGUUGGUUUUUGCUUUUUUAAAAUUUUUUUAUUUUUUCCCUCUUCUUGUCCCGAAAGAGAAGCAGUAAUAGGCCAAAUGGAGAAAAUGGCUCUCUAAUUUAAUAAGUGAUUUUGUUAUUCUGUUAUAGUUUCAUCUGAAGAUAUUUUCUUCCCAUAUGAGGGCCAUAUGAAGGUUAAAUUUUUCCAAGGAACAUUGCUGGAAUAUUUUUAUGUUGGAAGUUGUUUAAGAUCUGCUGAAAUUUGAGGAGUGUUUGUGCUUUUUAUUUUUAGCAUACUCUAUAAGUAGGCUUAAGUACUACCUGCCUUUUUCUGAAGUUUUGAAUAUUUUUACCUUAUGUAUGACUAAAUUCUUUAACUUAAACAUGUUCUUUUACAUUUAGGAAAACUAAUAAAUGACAAAAGCUGUACAAAGUAGUAAUUUAAAAUGUAAUUUAUUAAAGCAAGUGAUAACCCAUCUGUCCCUUUUUUAUAUAAGCUAUAUAGUCUUAGAUUAAUUGAAUAUUUAUAAAUUGAGUACUAUUUAAAAUGAACUAAGGAAUCUCACUGGGUAAGGUCACCCUGACUCAAAUCCUUUGGUAAUGUAAAUAAUUGUGCUUUGUCUUAGCAGUCUGGGCACAACUGUCCAGAAAGUCAGAAGUCAGUUUUAUUGCAGAAUCGAGAGAACCUUUUGAGGACUGCAGGGAGUUACAGAAGGUGAUGAUCAUGUCAUGGCUGAGAUGCAGCCUUGCUGGGGGUAGGCAUAGGAAGGAUGGCAUUCAGGACUGGCCCUGCAGAUCUUUCUCUAGAUCUGGAAUCAGGUUUGAGGCUGUAAAUACCAGCGUUAUGGGGCACCUUCUAGGGGUAGAAACAUACUCAGCCUCAGGUGGAAACAGUAGCUGUCCCUGGGCAGGUAUUGUUCUCGAGUCUAAUCAAAUGAAUGGUUAUUAUUACAUUUUUCUGAAUCCCUAGAAAUUCCCUUUUGUUUUCUGAAUUGUAUUGUGAGAGGAUUUUGUUGGUAUCAUUGUGAUAUCUUUGGGUUUGCCUACAUCUGCCUCUAGGAAGUUCCGUCUUGACAGAAUGAACGAGCCAAGACUGAGGCCCCGGAAUAAAUGAUGCCCGCAGACGGCAGGCCACUUCCCAGACUUCAGAGCUUGAGCAGCUGAUAGGUUUCAGAUAAGCAGUCCAGCUGCUACAUCUUCUGUUCCCUCCCUCAGUUCUAAGGUGUAAAACUCUGAAGGAAAUGGAUUUUAUUAAAACAUCUGACUCGGACUGUUACUGCUACAAUCGAAAUUCCCAAAUGGAGUGGAAAUAUAUGUGGUCGACUAUGCAGGUGAAAAUUACCAGUUCAGGCCUGCUCAGUAUUGUAUAUAUCACAGAAAGACAUAAUUGUCAAUAUCCAGAAACCAUUCUGUCUUAUAUCAAGUGUAUGACUCAUAAUUUUUGGACACCAAAGGAGUCUAAUGAAAUAACCAUAAUCAUCAAUCCAUAUGGAGAGACCAUGUGCUUCUCUGUGAAACCUGUCAAGAAGAUAUUUGUCUAUACAAUUAGUGUGACUCGAAACAUUGUGGAUUUCAAACUCUUCCUUGUGUUUGUGGCAGGCGUUUUCCUCUUCUUUUAUGCAAAGACGUUGAGUCAAAGUCCUAUUUUCUAUUACUCUUCUGGGACCGUGCUAGGUGUUCUGAUGACAUUAGUCUUUGUCCUGCUGCUGGUGAAAAGGUUUAUUCCUAAGUACAGCACCUUUUGGGCUCUAAUGGUCAGUUGUUGGUUUGCUUCGGUUUAUGCUGUGUGCGGAUGGAUGGAGGGCCUCAAGUGGCUGUGGCAUGAAAACAGAGCAUAUGUAUUAGGCUAUGUCCUAAUGGUGGGAUUUGUCAGCUUUGCUGUUUGUUACAAACACGGGCCCCUUGUUGAUGAAAGGAGCGUAAAUCUUCUGGCGUGGACACUGCGGCUCCUCGCCCUGGUCUUGAUCUACUGCAGGGUCACCGUGCCCCAGUGCUCCUAUGCAGUCAUGGUCCUCAUCCUGUCCUUCAGGAGUCUGCGCUACCCCCUGAAAGCCUUCAGUUACGUGAGGUGGAAGACGAAGCAGUGGCGGGCCGCGGACAAGCCGGCGGGCAGGUUCCUCACCGAGGACGAGUACCGCGAGCAGGCGGACACGGAGACCAGCGGCGCCCUGGAGGAGCUGCGGCGCGCCUGUCGCAGGCCGGACUUCCCGGCCUGGGUGGUCGUCUCCAGACUCCGGGCCCCCAACAAAUUUGCAGACUUUGUUCUUGGAGGAAGCCACUUGUCCCCUGAAGAAAUGAGUCUGCAUGAAGAGCAGUACGGGCUCGGGGGCGCCUUCUUGGAGGAGCAGCUGUUUAACCUGAGGACGGCCUGAUGGCCGCCUGUGCGUUCACUCCGUUCUGGACAAGGAAAUGGGUUAAGGGCCAGGAUCCUAUUAACGUUGGCCAGAGCUGUUCUAGGGAACAGUGGCAAAAGCAUUUACUACAGGAAGGAGUCCUACUGGAAAAGAAGACUGAACUAUAUCGAAGAUGACUUUUCAUUCCUGGUGAGUUCUGAUACUUACUGUGCUAUUGGUGGCCAUCAAGAUUCUGGGACAGUCGUUACCACUUUCCCUGAGUGAAGACUGUCAUCAGGAACAGGGACUCAUGUUGAUCUUCAAGGAGCCACUGAACACGAACAUCUGCCCCGUCAACACCAGGACGUUAUAUCUUAACCCUCUUAACCUUCAGAACCCGUGACAGAAGACUGGCUUGCUCUUCCAAGUGCUCUUUGUAAAAGUGCUGCCAGAGACCUGCGGCCGCUGGACCAGUGUUCUCCAGAGAAUGAUCCGUAGGAUGCUAGUAAAUGCUAGUCAGUGAAGGGAUUCUGAGGUCAUCUAAGAUUGAUACAAAGUUGAACAAACAUGCUGCAGGAUUUCUCAGAACCUUUAAUGCUGCUGAUGCACAUCGUGAAUCUCCUCAAGAGAAGUUGUGUGCAGCAGUUUCUGACUGCACAGAUCCCUUUUUGACCACAGAUCCCUUUUUCAUGAGGUUAAUAUUCCUAUGAACAGUUUGGAAAAUGCUAAUGAUGGCAAGAUUGAGGUUUGAGGAGGUUAAAUAACUUGUCCAAAACCAUUUAGAGGCAGCACUGGGACUAGAACUGCAGCCCUAGUGUUUCCUGCAACUCUCAGGGUUAAGAGACUUUUAAGAGGUGGGCCUAGGGGCCAUCUCCCUAGAGCCUUGGGUCUUACCAUAUUGGUGACUUUUUAAAAAAAUUUUAAAUAAUGGACAGUUAGCUGUUUGGUAACUGUGAUAGAGAAACAUUUCUUAAGAUUAUAUUUUAAAGCUUGAUAAUAUUUUUAUGGACAUGUAAAAAUCAGAAAUGAGAAUUAUUUUCUGUAAUAUUUUGUAUGUUGAAAUUGAAGACAUUUAACUUCCUGUGACAUUUUGAGCUGACAGGUCCAUUUUUAAAAAUUUAGUUAUAUAUAUUUGUAAGAGUUUCCUACAAAACAGAUUUGUGAUCUUUCUUCACAGAACACAUCUUUUUUUUUCUUGAUUCUCCAGAGUGAAAUGAGGGACUGUGAACUUGAACCCUGGGGCGAGAAGGCCAACACUUAAGAGCCGAGAAAUGCUGUGAGCAGGGCAAAACAACGCAAGGGUUAGGAUGGGCUAAACUGGUUAACUUUAAGAACAAACAUGGGCUUUCUUGCUGUGACAGGUUCAUAAAGAAUAGAGGCAUAAAGAAUGAGGACUCCCCUUUUACUGGAAGAAGCAUUUCGGAGGAGGGUGUAGAGGGAAUUUGAAGCGGCUGUCCUGAGGCACGGUCAGCAGAGUGUUUCUAAAUUGUUGAAUGAGGGCAAGGCUCCCAUUUGGAACUUCUAGAUUGAUUUUCAGUGAUAUUUCCUCUUUGAAACAGUGUGUCAGUGUUUUAACAAGUUUCUCUUUGGCCAGGUACUUUUAAUAUUGGAGCUUUGCAAUUUUUUGUGAAAUGCACUAAAUUCAAUCUGUGCUUCCAGAGACUGAUUUCAAAUACCAAAGAAUCUUCCAUUCAGAUUUAUGAUGAUUGUGAUGAUGAUGUUUUAUAACUAUAAAUGGUUCUCAGGUCAUUUUUGUUAUAGUUUAAUUUGAUUUUUUUUACAAUUAAAUUUAUUCCUGAUAUAAAUGUAUCAGAUGUAUCCGUGCUUGUGCUCACCACAUUCACCUCGGGGGCAGUUUGUGACCGAAUGCGUGUGCUGUGCGAGGAACACAUGAGCCGUCAGCUGGGGUUCCCAGGGGCUGUCCGAGCAGAGCCCCUGGGGCUUACCUAUGCAGGGUGGAAGAGGUGCUGACCACAGAAGGAAGCAGCUCUCCAUGGGUCAGGCUGGGUGUCACCCUCACAACGAAAGGCAAAGAACAAGUCUUCCAGGAUACUGUUUUCCAUGUUUAAUUUUAGAGGAAAUCAGGAAUCUGUCAGUUUGUUAUGUGAGCACUGUGAGAAGCUAAACCAUUACAAGGGUUGCUUGUGAUACAUGUGGUGUUAUGUUGUGUUCAUUUGAUGUGGGGUUUAUUACAGCGCUGAUUGCUGUUCCUGUCCCCAGGAGGCAAUAUACAGAUGACUCCCAUAGGAGACCUGCCUUCUCUUCCUUCUCCCUUCCUUCCUCUCUUUCUCUCUUCCCUACCUCCUUCCCCAUCUGUUAUUUAUGUAAAGGCCUUUAAACUGUGCAAAUGAUGAGUCAGUAAAAUGGCUCUGCCCUUCACAGGUGGUUGAAAGUUGGCCUCGUGCUUCCUAUCGCUAUAGGUGUGCAAUUAGGGACCAUAACUGAACCUUUGUAUUACUGCUUAUGCGAGGUACCUCAUAAAAGCUUACUGUUGUUAGCAAGUUGGGACUAUUUGACACCAAAAUGUGUGGGUGAGAUUUAGCUUAGGUGGCAAUGAUGAAACAAUUGUAUCAUUCAAAUGUUAUUUUUAAAGGUUUUAAAACACAUUUUACAUUUCACAAAAAAAUGGUUUGUGAAUUGCAUGUACAAUUUGCCAAUAAUAGUAAGGGCUGAAUUAGAGGGGAGUGUCCAUCUGAUGUUUAGGAUAAUACUUGAAUUUAUUACCUUUUUUAUUAAAUCUAGAAAUUUAAGAAAUUUCAGACUUUAAGAGGCCUGGAAUAGGUGAUGGAUGAUUUGUGUAUCUAAACAUGGGAAAGAAUUAAGACUGCUGCAGUUGUGUCAAGAAAAGAAAAAAGAUUAUUCUGUAUGUGAUUAUUUCCCAGUUAGAGAAGUAGAAUUUUUUUAAAAUCAGCUUUUUUGUGCAGCUUUUAUGCAUAGAUAACAUAAUGGCUGAAGAAUUUUAAGAAGCCUGCCAUAAGCCAGAGGUGUUUGUAGGUGGCCCCUGGAGUAAGCUGCCUCCUGAAAGACCCCGGGGUUGGUGAUACAACAUUGGAGACAUAAGCACGUGGGUGUGAGUCUUGACCUUGUUGAUUUAGAACCUGAUUUUUGUCAUUGUACCAUAGGAAGACCUGUCUCAUACUAGCUAAUUCAUAUUGUCUAUUUAGUGAUUCACAGCCACAAACAAAACGACAUAAGGAUUAAAAACACUUGAAUUGAUGAAACCAGCAGAUUCUCUCCCAGAAGACCCCUAUGAAGGUCAAAUGGUGGUAAGAAGGUCGCUUGAGCAGAAAGAACAAAGGGAGUUCGGUACAUAAUUCACAUAUUUAAUGUCACCAGAACAAGUCCAGUGCAACCCCCUCAGUGGGGCUACCGUUGCUAAUGUGACACGAGAUACUCUGUCUCUUGGCAGAGACCACCCUUCCUUUAUGCAGGCCCUACCAGCUUUUCCUUCUGCGAUUGUUGUUCUUGUAUUCUUUUGGUCAUUGACCAACAUCUCCACCCCCUUCUACUGGGCAUGGUCUUUGUUCAGAUAUGUUGUUGAAGUCUGCAGGAGGCUAGUUACCUAUUUCAGGAAACUAUGUCUCUUUGGCAAUGACCCCUGAGUGUGUAUCCUAAUAGGUCACGGAGAUGUGGGUUGAGUGUUGAGUGUAUAUUUACUAGGAUAAAUGGGAGAUAUAUUCAGUUGGGUAGCUGCUCUUUGUUUCUUACUUAAGUUGUUUGGGGGAAUCUGUUUAACACUUUUUAGAUUUCGUCCAUUUUCCAACAAGGCAGCAAUCAAAAGGAGAAAGGGGAGGAGGACCAGCAUUUGUUAGCGAUGUGUCAUGUGCUGUACUAGGCCCUUCCUAUGCCUCUUCAUUUAGAGUUCUGAUCACUCUGUAAUAUGCUGUAACAUCAUUUACAUUUUUCAGCUGAGGGGAGACUCAGAGAAGGUCGCCAAAGACAUAGUAGCUAAAGUGGUAGAAUCAAAGCAUGAGCCUCAGUGUGUUGGGCCCAUGCCUUUGUGUUGCCUUUACUGCCAUCUUUCAAAAAUAGAGUUAGUCAAGUUGGUGGCCACAUGGCUAAUCAGCUGAAGACAUGACGACAUCUGAUGGCAGAUGCAGGCCAGCUCUGGCGCAGUGAACCCAUUCCCCUGCCUUCCAUCAAGCCCCCCCCACUCAAAGAAUUAAAUUGAGUAGAACUGGUCUAUGUGUUAUUUUUCCAGACCCCCAUUGAUCUUUCCAGGGAACAGAAGGUUCCUGACCUUUUCAAAAUACAAGUUUACAGUAAUAUCCUCAGCUCUCUGGCAAAGAGAAAGGUAAGUAACUUGUUAAAUGCUUAUAAAAUUCUUGCUUACAUUUUUUGACAGCCUUAGAAGAGAAAGAAACUGGGCAAUAAAUGUCUUAAAACCUUUCCUGUCUGUGGCUCUUGCACACCGUAGAAUUGCCUUCGUUACUUGCAUUUUCCAGCUCUUCAGUUUAUAUUUUGCUUAAUUUUCUCUUACCUCAGAUCUGCAGGCGGCUGACUGGUUGCACCGCACAUAGGAACGGAGUGCUUGCUGGGUGCGGGCGAACGUCUGAACGCGGCCCUGAAGUCUGGGAGGUCACGGGCGCAGGUGUCCGUGUGAACAGGCUCCCGGAGCGCCGGGCCCCAGGUGGGGAAACGAGCCGCACCUUCUCGCCCGGGGCUGCGGCGCACGUGGUACCGGGUGUGACCAGCACCUCAUUUCUCCGAGCCGCCUGGCAGGUGGGUGCGGCGAUCGCUGGCGGCGGGCGGAGGAGGGCUCCGGGGCGCCGCGUCCGUGGGUUCGCGCCGGCGAAGCGGAGACCCGGGGCCAGACCAGACUUGGUCUCUGGACCCCGCGCUCCACCCCCGGCCCGCACCGCUCCGGCUGCCCCGCACGUCUGCCCAGAGCCGCGGGGGCGGUGGGAGCCGAGUGGGAACCGGGCCGGACGCCUCGCCUCUCCCCGUCGAGACGCCCGUCGGCUUCCAGCUGCUCCCGCGGCCGCCGCGCGUCCUGGCGCACGGCCCGUGCUCUCGGGCCCGAGACACCGCGCCCCGGGCCCGGCCCGUCCUUCCGUCCCAUGUCCCCGCGCGUCCAGCCCGCGCGGGGUGCCCGAGCCCGGCGCUCCCGGAGUCGGCCGAGGCGGCGCGGGCGGGUUCCGGGGCUCGCGAAGUGGCGGCACCGUGUCCGCAGGCGGCGGCGGCCCGACGGCCUCCUUGAAGGGGACUCGCUUGGCUCCGCCGCAGCCCGCUCGGCGCGGCUUCCCUCGUGCGCGGCGUCGGAGAAUCGCAGGCUCCGGUCGCUCACACCGAGGCCCGGGAUCUCCCCAAACCGACGUCUUCCUCCGCCCGCGCCGUCCGCUGUGGACGGCGAGAAACGCGGUUCCCGCACGCACCGGCCGCGUCUCCCCGCGCCCGACGGGGCCCCCGGACGCCGAGCGGCGGGUCUGCUGGUCCUUCCCGACUCCUGCGACGCGGCCCCGCCGGCCGCCCGCGCUGACCGGGCCGCUCUCCCCGCACGGGGUCCCCGGAGUGCGUCGGGCCGGACGCUCCCGCUAACCGCGCGCUGGGGUCGGCGCUGCCGGAUUUCUGGGGUCUGCGGAGACGGAGGAAUCCGGAUGAAGCGCGGCCGCACGCGCAGGGCGGCCCCCACGUGGGGGCAGGAGCGGCCGCGCUGGGCCCCGGCGUCGGGCAGGUUCGCGUCUGAGUCCCUCGAGUCCGGCUUAGCGACGUCGGUCCGCUAGGCGAGCUCCGUCCGCUGCGGCUCCGCCGGCCCCGGGGUCCCCGUGAGACACGGGACGGGCCGCGCCGGCCACACUGGGCCCUCGGGAGGACGGAGGGACCUGAGGUCGGAGGUCGGGAGGUCGGUCUCGGCACCCCCCGCGCCCGCAACUGUGCCCGCGGCCCUCCUCGUCCAGGACUCCCGGCGCGACUGGCUCAGCGGACCGCGGCCGACGUGUCGCUCCCCGCGGCCCCAGCGGCCCCGCCCCGGCACCGGCCAAGGGCGACUCGGGCGGCGCCAGCCGGUCACUCCUGCGGCCGCGGCACGGUGGGCGCGGGACGGAGCGCGCUCUUCUCCGGAACUGAGGGUUCCCGCGAGCCCCCGGCCAGCGCGGCUCCUCGUCCAACCUUCUCCUGCGGGUUCUGAGGGACAGUUGAGCAGCAGCGAACCUCUCUGGAUCCGUGCGGACUCGGCACUCGGGUCGCUCACGCUCUCUGCGGGCGGAGAGUGUAUGCAGGACGACAGUAAGACGGCGAUGACAUCAGCCCGGGCUUGUGACAGCUCUGGGGAUUUCCAGGGAGUCUCAAGGGAGGUUAUGAAAUUCUCAAAUUUUAAUUUGAAUCCAUUUUAAUAUUUUUUAAAGGGUGCCUGACCGGCUCAGUCAGUAGAGCAUCUAACUCCUGAUCUCAGGCUCGUGAGUUCAAGCCCUACACUGGGCGUGGGGCCCACUUAAAAAGUAAGUAAAUAAAUGGCAUAUUAAAAAAUUAAUAAAAUGCAAAUGGUGCUUUGGCAACAGUAAGAACAAGUCAGGAAGUCCACAAACCCAUGAAGGCAUCUGCCCUAAAAGGCUAGAAAUCACCAAAUCAGCCCGCACAGUAAAUGUUCCAUAACAAAGGCCUGUUGGACUUGGUCUCUGUCAUUGCAGAGUAAAGGGCUUUUAUUUGGUCACAUCUUUAUCACUUAAGAAAUUUUUAAAAAUGAUAUUUUUAUUUCAACAUGUCAACUGUGCAUUUCCAAAACAGCAGGCUUUUCAAAGGAAUAAAUCAGAACUGUAAACACAAGACACAGUAUAAGUUUUUGACUUCCUAAAGUCAGUUUCACAAAUCCACAUACUGUACAUUCAUAGGUGAGGUUCAGCCCAUCAUCCAUUUCUUUAUUUCUAUAAUUACAUAAGCAUAAUAAAUACAUCUGAUUUUAAAGGUCA